AUGAAUGAGGAGACUGUGUGGCAAGAAUUAUCGGAAAUACUAGCUGAUCCUCCAGAGACAAGAGAUAAAUGUUCGCAAUGCAAAAGACCAGUUCCAGUAUGUUGGUGCCCAGGAUUACCAAAGCAUCGUGUAUGUCCUGCAUCAAAAGUAAUAAUUUUACAGCAUCCAGCUGAAGCAAAACGUUGUUUAAGAACUGCACCCAUGCUAGCUCUAGGUUUAGAGCCAGGAAAAUGUGUAAUUUAUAGAGGAAAGAAAUUCCCACUCUCAAAACAUGAAGGCUUAGCAGAAAUUUUAAGUGAUAGCAAUACUAUAUUACUGUAUCCAUCUCCAGGUGCUAUAGCACUUGAUAAAUUAAGUCCUGUUGGAAUUAAUGGACAGAAACCAUAUAAUCUUAUUUUAUUAGAUGGAACUUGGCCACAAGCAAAGGCAAUAUAUCAUUCAAGUCCAGCACUGUGUGUAUUGCAAACAUGUAAAUUAAUUGGAGUUCCAACAAGUGAAUAUGUCAUUAGAACACAACCCACUGAAGGUUGUUUGUCAACUCUUGAAACUGGUGCAUUUGCAUUAUCCAUUUUAGAAGGUGACCCAGAAUUAAAACAUAAAAUGCUUGGACCUCUACAUUAUCUUUGCAGAUUUCAGCUAGAAAAUGGUGCUGUAACCCAUCAAAGUAAAGAAUUUCUUGUUAAACAAAAAACUUAUCCAAAACUUAUAGGACGAAGAUUAGCCAAACAAUUACGUAUGCUGCCGGAGGAAACUACGUAA